AUGGAUGAGUCAGAACUAAAUGCCAUCAGAGCGGCACGCUUGGCUGAGCUUCAGAAAAAUCAAUCACAGAGUGCAUCUUCUGGAGCAGAUGAACUGAAGUUAACUGUUCUUUCGCAGGUCUUGGAACCCAGUGCCAGAGAAAGGUUAUCACGAGUGAGAAUCGUUCGUCCAGACAGAGCCGAACAGGUGGAACAGUAUUUGAUGAAAUUGAUUCAAAUGGGAUCAAUCACUCGCAAGUUGGGGGAGAACGAUAUCGUGGAGAUUCUUGAAUCGCUUUCAAGAGACGAAAAGAAGCAAACCAAAAUUGUGUACGAGAGAAGAGGCACUGAAGACGAUGAAGAUGAUGACUUCUUUGAUUAG